AUGGCACAGUUGACAGACUUUAGGCGAGAAAUCGACAGCAUCCACGAGCAAGCUAUCAAGGCACAGCGUGAAGCUGGCCACGUGAAGUGGAUCGAGGCAGGAAAGCAGCAAGCAAAAGCAGCGAAAUCCCAUAAGACACCGGACGCAGAAUUCGACAAACUCAGUUUGGAUAAGGAGGAUAGUGGCGAUUCAGUGGAUAUCAACGCAAACAACGCCGUUGAAUUACUCUUAUCUACAGAUCCUCCUAUAGACAGCAUGGGGAGGUAUGUAGAAGAUUGUAUAAGACUAUCACGCGGGGAAUGCGUCGCCUGUAUUGGCAAUAAGGACGACGAUGUAUUCAUCUCAGGCACCCUCUCCUUCGAGCAGACGCUAGCUAUUCUCAAACAGCUCAAAAAAGCUUGCAAAUCCGUCGAUUGCGGUCUCGGUGUCCUCUAUCAGCGUGUCUCAGACGAUGAACAAGAGGCAGUGAUUAAAAUCAUCCUGCGUAGACUACCAAGCUCGCCUGAACUAUUUCAAGAAGUUAGGUUGGCAGUUUGCGGGAAUGUUGACGCCGGUAAAUCAACACUGCUCGGCAUUCUCUCCAGAGGUGGUCUCGACGAUGGUAGAGGCAAGAUGCGUGUCAAUCUGUUUCGUCAUAAGCAUGAAAUUGACAGCGGCAGAACUAGUUCAGUUGGUUUGGAGAUAAUGGGAUUCGAUCAUGAGGGCAAUGAAGUCCAGUCGUAUUCACAGAAGCACAGUUGGGAUGAAGUGUGCAAGAAAAGUAGCAAAAUUGUUUCAUUUAUAGAUUUAGCGGGUCAUGAGAGGUACUUGAAGACGACGAUAUUCGGUAUGACUGGUACACAGCCUGACUACGCAGCACUCAUCGUGGGUGCAAACGCAGGUCUUGUCGGUAUGUCAAAGGAGCACUUGGCAAUUUCACUCGCUCUAGAUGUCCCAGUCUUCAUUUGCGUGACCAAGAUCGACAUGGCGCCGCAAAAUGUACUAGAACAAACACUAAAGCAACUGUCAAAGAUACUCAAGAGUCCAGGAUGUCGAAAAACACCAGUUUUCAUACGUUCAAAGGAGGAAGCAGCGGAUAUAUCAACUAGAUUCGUUAGUGAGAGGAUUGCACCAAUAUUCUUAAUUUCUAGUGUGACAGGCAGUGGAAUACCACAAUUAAAGACAUUCCUCAAUGUUAUUCCGCCUGCAUCAACAGGGCCCGAUUUGAUUGAGCAACCAUUAGAGUUCAUGAUCAAUGACGUCUACUCAGUUCCAUAUGCUGGAACGGUUGUGAAUGGUAUUGUCAACGCAGGAAGCAUCCGCCCGAAUGAUACGGUUAUGGUUGGACCAGACAGUCUCGGCAACUUUAUAACAACUGCUGUGAAAUCAAUGCAGCGGAAGAGGGCGAAUGUGAAUGUGGCAGAAGCUGGACAGUCAGUGUCACUAGCGUUGAAGCGUGUUAGAAGGAAUAACGUGCGAAAGGGACAGGUAGUGAUUGCAAAGACAGAACCACCACCUAAAGCGUCGUGGAGGUUUGUUGGAAACAUACUAAUACUCUACCACUCAACCACAAUCAAACAAUCGUAUCAGGCGAUGGCCCACAUUGGUUCGGUUCGACAGACCGUCAAAGUUGUUGGACUGGAUAGUGGAAAUGGAUUGCUGAGAACGGGUGAUAGAGCAUCAGUAGUGUUUGAAUUUAUCAAGGGGCCUGAGUACAUCAAGGAGGGAAUGCAGUUGCUGUUUAGAGAGGGACGAACGAAAGGGUUGGGUGUUAUAUCUAAAGUGAUUGAUUAA